AUGGUCGGAAUCGGUCCUAAGCGCGCGCCGUCCCGCAAGGGAUCGAUGCAAGAUGUGCCUCAAAAUCUUCUACAGCAGAUCAAGGACUUUGAAGACAGGUUCACCGUGGACCAAGCCAAGCUUAAGGAGAUCGUGAACCACUUCGUCAAGGAGCUUGAGAAGGGUCUGACUGUUGAGGGCGGCAAUAUCCCAAUGAAUGUCACUUGGGUCAUGGGCUUCCCUGACGGUGAAGAACAGGGCACCUUCCUGGCUCUCGACAUGGGUGGUACUAACCUGCGUGUUUGCGAAAUCACCUUGACCGAGGCUAAGGGUGCCUUCGAUAUUACCCAGUCCAAAUACAAGAUGCCGGAGGAGCUCAGGACUGGUACUGCUGAGGAACUAUGGGAGUACAUUGCCGAUUGCUUGCAGCAGUUCAUCGAGACCCACCACGGAAAUGAGAACCUCGCUAAGCUCCCGCUGGGUUUCACCUUCUCUUACCCGGCUACCCAGGAGUACAUUGACCACGGUAUUCUGCAACGUUGGACCAAAGGAUUCGAUAUUGAUGGCGUCGAGGGCGAGGACGUUGUUCCGCCCCUGGAGGCCAUCCUCAAGAAACGGGGUCUCCCCAUCAAAGUCGCUGCCUUGAUCAAUGACACUACUGGUACUAUGAUUGCUUCUGCCUACACUGAUCCUGAGAUGAAGAUUGGCUGCAUCUUCGGCACUGGCGUGAACGCCGCAUACAUGGAGAAUGUUGGAUCCGUUCCCAAGAUUGCGCAUAUGGGUCUUCCUGCCGACAUGCCAAUCGCCAUCAACUGCGAGUAUGGUGCUUUUGACAACGAGCGCGUGGUGCUUCCCCUAACUAAAUACGACGAAAUCAUUGACCGUGACUCUCCCCGCCCCGGCCAGCAGGCCUUUGAGAAGAUGACCGCAGGCCUCUACUUGGGCGAGAUCUUCCGUCUGGCUCUAGUGGACAUUCUGGACACCCAGCCUGGUCUCAUUUUCAACGGCCAGGAUACUUCCAAGCUGCGCAAGCCAUACCUUUUGGACGCGUCAUUCCUGUCCGCCAUUGAGGAAGACCCAUAUGAGAAUUUAUCCGAGACUGUAGAGCUCUUUGAGCGCGAGCUUAACAUUCGUCCCACACUGCCUGAAUCGGAGAUGGUCCGUCGUCUCGCCGAAUUAAUCGGCACCCGUGCUGCUCGUUUGUCUUCUUGCGGCGUUGCUGCUAUCUGUACAAAGAAGAAAAUCGAAUCCUGUCACGUCGGCGCUGACGGCUCCGUCUUCACUAAGUACCCUCACUUCAAGGCCCGCGGUGCCCAAGCUCUGCGUGAGAUCCUCGACUGGGCUCCCAAUGAGAAGGAUAAGAUUAGUAUCAUGGCUGCUGAGGAUGGAUCUGGUGUGGGUGCUGCCCUGAUUGCCGCUCUGACCCUGAAGCGCGUCAAGGCCGGUAACCUGGCUGGUAUUCGCAACAUGGAGGAGAUGAAGACUCUGCUUUAG